ACUCAGUGUUCUGUCGGACAUCGGCCAGUGCAGGCCGUGCGGUGUGCGAGUGUGUGGAGCGGCGCGAAGUGACUUGUGUGUGAGAGUGUGUGCGUGCGUGACACUCAGUGCGGUGCGUGCGUGUGUGCGUGUGAUUUUUCGCCCUUUUGGGCCCCUUGGAAUACCCUUCAUUUACGCGUGAUACUCGCCGGCUUCCACAAUGAGGAGGGCGCGGCUCUUAGUCAUCUCAGCCGCGUUUCUCGUCCUAAACCUACAGAGCGCCGCGUCGGACGCACCCCUUCUGGACGCAGCGUCGCUGCCCCUGGAGCACAGGGCGGCGUACGGACCACCCGCAGCCCCGGUGUACGGGCCGCCGCCCCUCGGCGGGCCCGGCCCCGGGGGGCCGCUCCUCGGGGGCGGCGGGGGCGGCGGCGGCGGGGGCGGCAACGCCCUGGGCCACGGCGACGAGGCCUGGCCCCUCGCCACGCCCGACAUGCCGCAGAUCAAGCACCUGCAAGUGCAGUGCGAGAAGACGCACAUGCGGGUCAACAUCGAGUUCGACAGGCCCUUCUACGGCAUGAUCUUCUCCAAGGGCUUUUACAGUGACCCCCACUGCGUGCACCUCAAGCCCGGCACGGGCCACCUCAGCGCCACCUUCGAGAUCUUCCUCAACUCGUGCGGCAUGUCCUCGUCCGGGAACCAGCAGGGCGGCGACUACGGCGGCCACGGGCCCACGCCCUCCGGCUCGUACGUCGAGAACACCAUCAUCGUGCAGUACGACCCCUACGUGCAGGAGGUGUGGGAUCAGGCGCGCAAGCUGCGCUGCACCUGGUACGACUUCUACGAAAAGGCCGUCACCUUCAGGCCCUUCCAGGUCGACAUGCUCCACGCCGUCACCGCCAACUUCCUCGGCGAUAACCUGCAGUGCUGGAUGCAGAUCCAGGUCGGCAAGGGACCCUGGGCGUCCGAGGUGUCUGGCAUCGUCAAGAUCGGCCAGACCAUGACCAUGGUGCUCGCCAUCAAGGACGACGAGAGCAAGUUCGACAUGCUGGUGCGCAACUGCGUGGCCCACGACGGCAAGCGGGCGCCCAUCCAGCUGGUGGACCAGCACGGCUGCGUCGUCAGGCCCAAGAUCAUGAGCCGCUUCCAGAAGAUCAAGAACUUCGGCCCGUCCGCGUCGGUCGUGUCGUUCGCCUACUUCCAGGCCUUCAAGUUCCCCGACUCGAUGAACGUGCACUUCCAGUGCGUUAUCCAGGUUUGCCGGUACAACUGCCCCGAGCCCAAGUGCGGCGGCCACGGCCUCGCGGCCCUUGGCGGCCUCAGCUCCGAGUAUGGCGCCCCCGGCAUCGGCGGCCUCGGCGGCGGUCUCGGCUCCGGCGCCUCCAUCUCGCACGAGUACGGCGCGCCGCCGCCGCCCCAGCUGCACGGCGACUACGGCCCCCCACCCCUCGGAGACCAGUACGGUCCCCCUGCCGCCUACCCUGACCCCCGACACCCCUCAGGGCCCUCCGGCGCAUACUCGGAGCCCCAAGAGAACGUGGUGCCAGCCCCCAACGCCCAGGCGCAGCAGGGCGCCGCCCCCGAGAACGCCUCCACCGCCUCCGAGAAGUCAUCCCAGGACGCGCAGCCCUCACAGCAGCAACAGCAGCAGACGUCGGCGGCACCGCCCCAAGGCGCCGUGGUCGCCCCCAGCGCCAGCGGAGCGGACCUCAACCUGCCCCCGCCGCCCCUGCCCGGCCAGCGCGGCACAUACACCACCGUCAAGAGGAAAGGAGGCGUCCACGACGAGCUAGAGAGCAACCUGGCCACCCUCGGCGGCCGGCCGCGCUCCGUCGAGUCGGUGCCCGCCGAGUUCGCGGGCGCGAGGAGAAGGCGCGAGACGGACAGCUUCACGCUGACGCUGGGCACGGCGCCCCGCUCGGCGCCCCGGGUGCGCGUGGCGCGCGUGCGGAGGGAGGCCGGUCAGGAGAUGACCGACGUCAACACGAGCCGGACCAUCCAGGUUGUGGCGCCCGGCGACGUCAACUUCGCCCUCAACGCGGGCGCCUCGUCCAACGAGACGGUGGUGAUCCAGUCGGCGCAGCAGGGCAACGCCGACCAGGAGCACAUCUGCAUGUCGGUGCCCUCGUUCGUCGGCGGGCUCGUCAUGCUGCUGCUGGUCCUGGUCGUGAGCUGCCUGGUGGCCGCCUUCCUGUUCGUCCGCGUGCGCGCCAUCGACCGGAAGGGCAUCACCACCACGUUCGGCGUGCUGCCCGGCCGCGGCUUCGACAACACCGAGUACGUCAAGGGCAUCAACUGAGCGGGCUGCCGCCGCGCCCCGGGCUGCCGAACGGGAUAGCCCGGGGGGACCACGGCAAGCCUGCAGGCGCUGCAGGCCGAGGGACGGCCCGGCCGGGGCGUGAGGGCGCGACGGACACCCCUGGGGUGCGACACCCCCAGCGCCACCGCCACGCCGAGCCACGCCCCACCCCACCACGCCACGCCUCCGAAAGGGACGCGUGUCGUCCGGCGGGGAAAAUUAAAGGACACUCAGACGAUUUAGUAAAGGUGGGAGUGCGACAGAGCGCGUCCAGCUGUGAGUGGGAGAGAGAAGGAAAACGAAAGGGAGAGCGAGAGAAGAGGGUUCGGAAUAUUGCGGACGGAGCUGUAUGUGUGCAGUCAAAUUCUUGACGGUUCUGACGUCACGACUUUCUUUUUACUAUUUCGUCUCAUGUCGGUUGUAAGUGUAGUAAUUUUACUGGUACCUCGUCUGUCGCGGCGGGGUAGAUCAGCGUACGUUAUAUUAACGGUGUACCGGGCGGAGUGUACUACUUGUCGUUGCGCUUGGAGUGGAGUCAGCUCGCCGGGCCCUCUUCUCUCAGGUUGACGAACUUGCAGAAAACCCUGGUUGGAUAGCGUCCAUUCUUAUUUGUCUUUGAAAUGGCCAAAUUUAAGUUGAUGGUGUGUUUGCUCAAGACGACGUGAUCGGUGGUGGCUGGCCAACGGGAUUUGACCGGCUGCCGCAGAGUCACCCCCCUCUCCUGAGCAAGUACACCACGACAUUUGUCUUUAGGGAAGGGCUCUAGCGGUGAAACAGGUAAUACGGUAAAGCAGUGUCGACAAGCGGGUGGGCUCGUCACUGCACGGCAUACGCUCAGUAGGAAAGUACCAAAGUUCUCGGUACGUUACGGCGCGCCGAGGCGGCCUGAGGCUGCCCUGUUAUCUCUUCUCUUCUCUUACCCGCGUUCGAAGGAACGGGAGGGCUAGUCAACCAUAUCAUGCCUAUCCGGUUCGGUCCGGGUGUUUGACCCAGUUUAACGCUCUGGUGUGUUUGGAAGGGUUCCAAUAAAGUGCAGAAAUCUUGUGGGGUAAAAGAUGUGUCAAGUACCUGUGAGGAACUAUAAAGUAUCUCUACAAAACGAUUCCCAGGUACAAUGACACAUUUGUUAAAUUCGUGUACAAUAUUAUUUGCGUGGUCAUAUGUAAGAUGUAGUAUCGUUUUUCUGGUCUCCACUUUUCUUUGUAUUGAUUAAAAUCAACACUUUUUUGUAUGAAAGAAAUUACAGAUGUGUGCUGGAACAUACAUCCUCAGUUAUUGCACAGUACAGUCUAUUUAUAGUUUAUUGUAAUACACACACAAUAAUUGUAAUCUGUGUAAUUUUACAAAUGUCUCAAAUUUCGAAAAUUUAUGUUUGGACCCUCUAUUCUUCCCCUCAGUGUUUGCUAUUGUUGUUGUUCAUGUGUGAUUUAUGUGAUGAUGUAAAGUAUUAUGUACACUUGUCUCUGUCUAGAUAUUUAUUUUAAAGUAAGUUAAUUAUACUUGGAUUAGUGUAAUUUUGACAAAUUAGGCAAACUUGCGAUCUUGAAAUUUAUUAUUAUCCUGGCGAAAGUCCAAAAGUUGAGCAAGUUCUUAUUUGUCUGUUUGAAGAAAUUUUCUUCCUCUUCUCUAUAUUAGUUUAAGGUUAUUUAUGAACUUUCACUCACCUUUCAUUCCCCUGCUAACAAUUUUGUUCCUGUUGAAUGUUGUUGUUUGAUGUACUUUUGUAUUUUUAGUAGACGGUUUACCAUAACAGUAAAUCAUUCUCCAAUAGUUUGACUGCGUUCUUAUCUAAAAGUUAACAGAUUUAUACAUGUGCAUGUAUUUUAUGAAAUUCAUUUCUGCAUUCUGUAAUUUUCAUGUAUAUUUGUAUAUGAUUCUAGUUAUCACAUUUUGUCUACUGGAGUAUGUAGGUAUAAACCUACUACUUGUGGGUUCAAAUGAAUGACUUUUAAUUAGAAAAUGCACUACUUUGUAUCAUACACAACACUACAAAAUUUUAGUUCCAAAGUCAACAAUCAAAAUGUUUUUGUAAUUCGACCAGCAGUACUGUUAAAAAUAAACAAGUUCUAAUGUUAA